AUGCCACUGACAGAACUGCUCGAUGUCCCCAACGAGGUUCUUUAUGAGAUUGCAGGAUAUCUUGACCCAGCGGGUCUUAAUUCAUUCCUCCGGUGCAAUCGACAUUUAGCACUUCUCCUAGGGCCAUGUCUACAUAAGAUUGCCCUAUCCCCAAAGAAUGGGCACUCGGUGCUCUUUGAAGCAGCAAUGCAGAGUAAAUACAAAUUGGUCGAAUACAUAUUAAAGAACCAAAUUGACGCCGAUAUUAAUAUGGAAGGCUUACCCAUAAAUCUUCCAGUAGCCCGACCCAGAUGGCUCGACUCUAUCGCCGACUGCACGACAUCUCUUCUUUGCUAUGCUGUGAGGUACCACCAUUUUGGAAUUAUCAAGACUUUGGUCGAGAAAGGUGCGCGCAUACCGACCCAGGAGGAGCUCAAAUAG